CCAUGUCACAUGUGGCCGCUCUGAGGAAUUACACGGUUGUUGAGACAGCUCGAAUUGAGCUGGAUGGAGUCAAAGACGAGAUAGCUUCCUCAGUAUUCAUUGUCAUCGCUCCUCAUCAUUCAUCAUCGCCAUUUCGUGCAAUGCUGGCUGCGGACGAUGUCUACCAUCAUGGAAUCCCCCUUAACGCAGCAAAGUAGACCCGAAACCUUUAAGCCCAAAGUUAGUUCAGAUUACGCUGAACCCUCGGAGGGGUUUUGGAGGGAAUUCUUCCUGCUGCCGCCUGAUCGGGCCCAACUGAAUGCCAUCCUGGAAGCUCUUAGUCCAGAUGAGACACUCAGCCUUCAGUCACAAACUCAGCAGCUCUUUGCUCGUGGAAUCCGGGAGGCUGCCUCCGGAUCCAGCCCGGUGAACUCUUAUGCUCUGCAGAAGUACACCAACCCUAGCUCCGACAUCAUUACUGUUCUGGCAGGUCUCGACAAAGUUGACCAGGUCAUAUCCAAUUUCGUUGCCGUCUUGGACAGCAUCAUCCGCAGCGGUAGCAACAAUGAUAUUCGAUUCAUGGCCAUUAGGACAGCUAUUGCUAUGACGAGUGGAGCCUAUAAGACGAGCCUAGUAUCGUACUUUACACAUCGGGAUCUAUUCCCUUCAAUUAUGAAACUUGUGCAUGAGUCGGAGUCACCGAUGCAAGUCUUCGAGCCUUUCUUACUACUGGGACUGCUUGCCAACUACAACAAAUUUGAGUUCCAGAACCCAUAUCAACUGCGGCUCGAUGAUUUUGUAAAUGAAACAAGCAUCCAAAAGAUCAUUAAAGGCGUGGGUCUCUCAUGUGGUGCUUUAAGGAACGGCUAUGUGGCGGUACAGGACGAUUUCCCUGAGGGCUGGACCCUGAUGGGAACAUUGAUGUAUUUUGGACUGGGUGUGCUGGCACCAGGCAGAAAAGAGAAGCCUACUCCUCCUUCGCCGGAGGAGGCAAAAGAGAUGUUUGCGGCUUUACCCGCGCAACAAGCAGCCAUCUUGCUAGCAACCUAUGACUUCACCAACGCGAAUAAGCUUUUUGGCUACCAUCUAAUCAAUUCCCCUUCUGAUAAAGACACUGAGGAGUCACCCUUCUCAAGCUUCCUCUCCCUGACCUCCUAUCUCUUGCAUCACGCCUAUCGCUCCACGCGCGUUAGGCACUACGCAGAGCUUAGCCUUUUUGUUCUUCGAAUUCUCUCAGAGGACUCAACUUCGUGCAAGUUGCUCUGUAGCGAAGAAAGCAAGCGAAAAGUCCGUCUCUGUCGCCAAAGGCAGCCCUAUCUUCCCCUUGUGGCAGGAGACAGAGUGCUCGCGACAGUUAUCUUCGACAUUACAAUCGAUGCCAUUUCGCACAAUCUUCGACGUCGUCUCGAUGUCCAAAUAUACAGCCACACAAUUGCCAUCCUUCUCCGGGUUCUCACCUACCUUUCCAUGAACAGGAUUCGCCUCUCCUACCACUGGUCCGAGCUCUGGCGCACUCUGCUCUCCCUCAUGCGCUUCCUAACAACAUACGUCUCCGAUCUAACCACAAGCCCACAUAUAUCAACCCUAACAACAUCAUUAGUCGACCUUAUCGCAUUCUGCGUCUCUUCAGGUGACACCUUCCUCCCCGACCCAGCCUCCUACGACGACCUCUUCUACAAACUCGUCGAAACGGGUCCCAUUAUCGCCAAAUUUCGCGAUGUUUACAAUCUCAAGCCCACCUCGUCCUCCAACACCCCUUCGUCCCUUUCUAAAUCCGCCGAUGCAAACAAGGAUAUCCACGUUGCGGCCGUCGAAACACUCAUCUCCGUUUCCACACAUUUCUAUACGCUCUUGUUCAAUCCAGGCACGACCAGCGCUGAUGCAGACAAAGCCGCCACUAAGGCCAACGGUGAUCAAAGUCAGAACCCAACACCGAUUCCGGCGGCUCAAAAAAAGAAUAUGAGUCCGCGUGAGGUCCACCGUAUUAUUAAACAGGGGUAUGAUACGUUGAGUAUUCAGCCUCCUGAAGGCUUGAGCGCGUGGACAAGAUACCGCGAGACGGAUUGGAAGCCGGACUUGAAGCGGGCGGCACGGUGCGCGGUGGAUGAUGCUACGCAGCUGGUGGCGUAG